AUGAGCCGUAGAACAACAAAAAACCAAGUCGUUGACUUUGUCCGGGGUUUAGCCAAAGCAAUUGAACCAGACACUGCACUUUAUGCUGCGCGAGUGAUGGUCCUGUGCAUAAGUAUGACGGCUAUAGAGCCAAGAUACCUGUGUGCCUACAUAAAGGGCGUCGAGAUUGUCAACAAGGAGAAGCGACCAUGCUCUCUCAAGGACAUGAUGCUCGCUGUUUCUGCCGCAUCUGGAGAUAUUGCGCUCUUCGAAAAGCCGACGCUUACACCAGCAUUGCUCCUCAGACAAACUCACAAUCUCUUGCCAAGUGCACUUAAAGCUGCCGUUGUCGCGGACCAGUAUACCAUCCUUGAACGCAUUCUAGAAUAUCUUGUGGAAAAUGUCAAGGGCAAGCGCGACUCCGGAUCAUGGAAAAAUAUGCGGAAGACUGGCAAGGCUUUGUGCAUGGCCAUACGCUUACACAAGAACGUUGUUGAAAACCUACUUUUCGACUUCCGUGACAAGAAUGAGCUCUUCGCGAGGUUUGCUCCCGAUGAACUGGGCAAUUGGCCCGUCAACGAUGCUAUCGGAUACUGCAAUAUAGACCUAUUGUAUCGUGUUCUGGAGGUCGACCAUCCCGGAUUCGUAGCCCAUAUUGACGGAGGAUCCAACGGAUACUAUGAUCUUACUAGUCAAACUAUGAAGACUCUGCGCAGAAGAGGAAGAACUGAAAUGUGGGAGAUGCUACUGAAAGAUGGUAUCGUCGGAUCAGACAAAGUCUACUUUAACAAAACAACACUACAGUACGCUCUUCAGAGACGACGAUACGACAUUGCGCAUAUCCUCAUCGAAAACGGUGCAGCGAUCGACGGUAUCACUCCAGAAGGGCACACCAUCCUGUGGCUGGCGUCGAAUGAAGGGCACUCAAAGGAUGUUGAGUUUCUGCUCAAUCAAGGCGUGGACCCCAAUUCUCGUGGGAAGGGCGGUAUAUCUGCGAUUUCGGCUGCGAGGUCAUCAGGAUAUAGCAAAUGUCUUUUCUUGCUUGAGGCAGUAAGGGAUCACGGAAAGGAGUAUCUCAAACGCCCCGACCUAUGGAAUGUAUACGAGUUUGAGAACUUCGGAUUUUAG